AUGGAUUUCACGGUGUUAGGUUCUCACGACUUCAGCGACAUCAGGUGGGAACGAUUUGGCAGCAACGAUCGACGGAAGGAAAAGAAAGGUUGGAGGAUAGAUUGUUCGGUGAUUAGAGGUCAAACGCAGAAGGUAUCUCAGUUUAUGAAUACGAUCCCCACCAUCGCUACUCUAUCAAAGGUCUUUAUGCCUCCACCUUAUCUUAAUCUUCUUGAUUUUAAUCCUGGAAGGUACAAUCACCAUGGAUGUAAUUUUGAAUCCGAAAUGGGAAAAGGACUUCAGCGACAUCAGGUGGGAACGAUUUGGCAGCAAGGAUCGACGGAAGGAAAAGAAAUGUUGGAGGAUAGAUUGUUCGCUACAUGUUUGAAUGGGUCACAGUUUCGUCCAUUGAUACCCUUAUUAGAAGCCAUGCCAAAGGAACUUGGUGCUAGCCUGCAUGAUAUGCUUAAUCUGAUCACAGUUAAAUACAUUGAGCAUAUCGAGAAGAAACACAUGGAACCCGAAGAAUGUUAG